UAAAGCCUAUCAAGCUGGACUUGGAACGAGUGGGGGAGGGACAGUUUUGUCAUCUUGAACUACUACCCUAAUCUGUUCUUAGAGAGAGAGGCUUAGUGAGACCUCAGGUUAUAUUGACAGUAAUGUCCCGUUAGUGAUUUGUUUCGGCGCCCCUCUCUAACUUCUGUGUUGAUGUAUUUAUUUAUUGUUUUUUUUUCUUGUCGUUUGUUAAAACCCUAAACGUUAGCAAAAUUUAUUGCAUUUAUUCUCUCUUUUAACAAUUACAUUUUUGUUUAGCAUUUGUUUAUUCACCACCAUUCUCAGGCUACUUUAUUGAGAUUUUCAGAGAGAAAUAAAACAGGAUUCCGCAGUUUUUUUCAAGAAUUGGCUUUUUUUUCCCCCUCCACAUGUUUUAAUUACUUUUCUUUUGUUUUGUAGUUAUAGAUUUAUCACAAUGAAGGACAGACUGGCUCAGCUCAAGGAGACAAGUGAUGUCGGAGGGGAUGACAUUGAGGUUACGGUGGAAAAUGAGGCUUUUAUGGAAGACUUUUUUGCCCAGAUUGAGGAUAUCCGCACCAGUAUUGACAAGAUUGAUGAAAGUGUAACAGAAAUAAAAAAACUCUACUCCACCAUCUUGUCCUCGCCAACAUCCGACCAGAAAACACAGGAUGAUCUUGAAGCACUCACCAAUGAGAUUAAGAAGUCUGCCAACAAUGCAAGAAACAAACUCAAGAGCAUCGAACACCAGCUUGAGACAAACAAAGAUGAGAGGGCCUCUGCUGACCUCAGGAUAAAAAAAUCCCAGCAUGCUAUCCUGGCGAAGAAAUUUGUCGAGGUGAUGACAAAAUACAAUGAGGCGCAAGUUGACUUCAGAGACAAAAGUAAAGGACGGAUUGCCCGACAACUUGAGAUCACGGGCAAAGCAACAACGGAUGAGGAACUGGAGGAGAUGCUGGAGGGAGGCAACUCAGCUGUCUUCACUGCUGGGAUUAUGGAUUCCAAUAUAAACCAGCAAGCUUUGAACGAGAUUGAGGCUCGUCACAAAGACAUUAUCAGGUUGGAGAGCAGCAUCAAAGAGCUUCAUGACAUGUUUGUUGAUAUUGCCAUGCUGGUUGAGAACCAGGGUGGCAUGAUCGACAGAAUUGAAAGUAACAUGGACCAAUCAGUCGGCUUUGUAGAGAGAGCAGUUGCUGACACCAAGAAAGCAGCCAAGUUUCAACAGGAAGCACGAAGGAAACAAAUGAUGAUCUUCUGUUGCUGUGUGAUACUGGCUGUUAUCCUCGGUUCAUUUGUCUACAGUUUUUUUAAAUAAACAAUGGGUACAUUCUUUGACUUGUUGAGUCUAAACAAACGAAAAGCUAUGCACCUUAGAUGACGGAGAAAACUCUUGGGGCGUGUCCUUUGCUUUAAAUGUUAUCUGUCCUUUUCCUGCACCCUGAAAAGCUCAUGUGGAGAAUACAUUUCGAAAUACAUUCUACAGUAUACAGUAUGUCUGAAGAUAAUUGAUGAAAACGUGCACAGACUGAGAAAAAUUGUACCAUCAUAUUGAAUUGUUGAGCUGAGCUGUUUUCCUCUUUUCCACCAUUUCAGUUGUCUGGAUUUUUUUUACGGUGUGGCCUUUCCCCACACUUCUUGCAUCAGGGGUUUUCCCACACAAUCACAAGUUUAAAAAGCUUCAAAAAUCAAUAAAAAUCCUUAAAGAUUAA